CCUCCUUUUCUCUCUCUCUUUCUCUCUCUCGUUCACUCUUUUCUUCCCUCCACUCACUCGCUGUUUCAGCUCUUCCGGUUCUUCAACCGAGUACAUUCUUUUUCACGAACACAGUCAAUCACUCCCAAGACUACAGUCUUUACAAACGAGAAAAGAGAUCCUAUCUCUCCGUCAGUCCUUCGACGUCAUCUAUAGAUCCAAUCUCUACACAAAAAUCCAAACAAAGCACCUUCAAUUCCACCCACAUCCAUCAAAAUGCGUGUCGCUUCCGCUGCUGUCGUUGCCUCCCUGGCUGCCGGUGCCAUUGCUACCGAGUACAAGACCGUCUAUGUCACCGAGUACACCACCGUUUGCCCUAAGGCCACUUCUCUGGCCACUGGUCCUGGUGCCGGUUCUGGCUCGGGUGCCCAGACUACCCCGGUUGCUGCUCAGCCUACCACCGUCACCAUCUCCGGCACCCCCUACACCUACUCCACUCCCUUGGUUACCUCGACUGUGACCCACUGUGACAAGUGCUCCGCUACUGCCGUCCCUGCCACCUCCAUCCCCGAAGGUGCCGCUGCUGUCGGUACCGGUGCCUCCCCCAGUGAGGCUCCUGGCUCUGGCUCUGGCGCUUCCCCCAGCGAGGGUGCCUCGGGCUCCGGCUCUGGUGCCUCCCCUAGCGGUGCCGCCGCUGGCUCUGGCUCCGGCUCUUCCCCCAGCGGCGCCGCUGCUGUCGGUACCGGUGCCUCCCCCAGUGGGGCCGCCUCUGGAUCCGGCUCUGGAUCUGGUGCUUCCCCCAGCGAGGGUGCCUCGGGCUCUGGCUCUGGCUCCUCCCCCAGCGGCGCCGCUGCUGUCGGUACCGGUGCCUCCCCCAGUGAGGCCGCCUCUGGCUCCGGCUCCGGCUCCUCACCCAGCGGUGCUGCCGCUGGUUCCGGAGCUGGUUCUCCCGGCGCUUCCGCUGGUCCCAGCGGAGCCGGUGCCAUUGGAAUCGGCGCCACCACCCCGGUCGUCUCUUACACCCCGGUCCCCACCCCUAGUGGUUUCCACCCCUCUUCUCGCCCUCUGAUCCCUAGCAGCAAGCCCGCCUCCUCCAAGCUCGUUGCUUCCUCCAGCGCCACCCCCGCUGCCUCUAGCCCCGCCCCUGCUAGCUCUUCCAGCUCCGGCUCCAGCUCCGGCUCCUCUGCUACCUCCCCCGAGGGUGUCUCCGCCGCUGGCACUGGCUCUGGCUCUGCCACCACUCCCUCCGCCCCUGUCUUCACUGGCGCCGCUACCCGCGCCGCGGCCGGUGCUGGUGCCGGAUUGGCCUCCGUCUUCGCUCUCGUCGCCUUCCUUCUGUAAAUGAGUUGACUUGAGUGAGUGAGUGAGUGUGAGUGUGUGUGUGUGUGUGAAUGGAAUCAGAUCUAUAGAGGCAUAUAGAAGGUCCUUUUGACUUUCGGGACUUCUAUCUAUACCAUGCGAGAAUCUACUGGAUACUAGCGAAUCAGUGGAGGUAAAUGAUCGGAUGGGUGGUUUCCUUUGUUUGUGUCGAUACUUUUUACCUUUUUUUUCUUUUACGACUCGACUGACAAAUAACUUAUUGUGUGCUUUAUACCUUAUUGGAAUCUUCUGACGUCUAUGGUUUUUUUUUUUCUCUUCUUUUACUU